AACAAAACAAAACGUGACUUCCACAAAUGUCGAAGCUCAUGACUCUUCAUGAAUUGUUCAUGGUCUCAUCAUCGAAAUAUCCGGAGAACAAUUGUAUUUUGUUCGAUGACGGAGAGGGAAAACAGAUUUUGACUUAUUCGGGUGUGAAAAAAGAGGCGGACCGCCUCCAGUUGGAAAUCAGACAAAGGAUUGGAAAUGAGAAAUGCUUCCUUAUUCUCUGUUUGGAAUGUACAAAGUCAACUCCAAUUAUUAUCCUCAGCUCAUUAAUUCUCAGCUGCCCUUUUUACUUUUCGUAUCCAAAAGAUUUACGUUUUGAAGAGCUAAAUGAUAUUGUCCAUAAGCUUAAAGCAGGCUGGGUUUUGACAAAUGUUAAUUACAUGGAACAGGAAACUGCCGAUUGGAUAGAGCAUAAAUCUUUCAAUGUUUUAGGAGAGACUAUUUACCUUUGGAAGACAGGAUGCUACAAAUGUUUACACCACCCUUUUGCAUAUGCGAUUCGGACAUCUGGAUCAUUGGGCUGCCCCAAAUUGGUCAAAGUGCCUCAUGAUGCCAUCGUUCCAAAUGUAACACAUCUGAGGGAACUGUUGAACAUUUCAGAAAAUGAUGUUGUGCUUCUCAACUCUCCGCUGACUUUCGAUCCAAGUAUUGUGGAAAUUUUUUUGGCAUUUUCAUCUGGUGCAGCCUUAUGCUUAGUUCCUUAUCAUGUUAAAAAUAAUAAAACAAAGUUUUACAAAACUAUUGAAGAAUGUAAUGUCACAGUGAUUCAAACGACUCCAUCACUGUUUAGAAAAUAUUUAAAGGAAUAUAAUGGAUUUUUCUCUGAAGAUUCGUCAUUAAAAUCACUCAUCUUGGGAGGAGAAGAGUUUCCUACCUGGAAGGAUGUCAAAACAUGGGGCCUUAAGAAGGACAACAAAAUAAAUGUUUUUAAUAUUUAUGGGAUCACAGAAGUAUCCUGUUGGGCUUCCUGCAAGCGGGUCUGGCCUAGUUCGGAAGAACCACCUGAAAGAAUUGACAUAGGCGACCCUCUCAGUGAAACACGCCUGACAAUCGAGAGAAUUGAAGUAGGGGAGAAAAAUGUUGGAGAAUUAAUGAUUGACAGUUCUCGCAGGAUAUGCACAAUUGAUGGGGAAAAUUAUGAAGACCUUCUUGCGCGAAAACCUGUCUUUAGGAGGAGUGGAGACUUAUUUGAAGAAAUAAAUGGAAAAUUGUACUUCGUAAGCAGGAAAGAUGAUUCAAGUUUUAAAAGAUAUGGUAUUAAAGUAAACACUACCUUGAUUGAGGUUGUGUGCAAAGAUUAUCCAAAUGAUGGAUGCCAUGCAGUAUGGACAGUCAUCAAUUCUGAUUUGAUUCUUGGACUUUUCAUAAAAAUUGAUACAGAACUUAGCCAUUUCAAAUCAUGGCUAACGGCACGAAGAGCCAAAUUUCCUAAAGGGCAUUGGCCAGAUUUAAUUUUAAAACUGGAUGAAAUUCCUUUGUCAAAACAUGGAAAGGUGGACACGAGUUUUUUAAAAGAAAGAGUUAAGGAAAGAUAUAAAAACUUGAAAAUUGCAAAAUUUGAGGGAAAAUUUAGGAAACUUUGGAAACACUUUACUGGUUCUUCAUCUGUAGAAAAUGGAUCAAUAUUUAUAACUUCAGGGGGUGAUUCUAUCAAAGCGAUUCAACUUUCAUCUCUUCUCGGAGAUCAAACUCCCCCAACUCUUUUGGGACUUCUACUCAGUGGUUCAACGUUUUCAGAGUGUUUAACAUAUUUGAACAGAAAUGAAAGUAUCAAUCAAGGUAUAAAACGGAAAAGGCAUGAUAUACAUGAACUUACAAGUAAUGAGAUAAAAUUAGACAACGGUGCAGUGAUCAUUCUCAAAGGGCGUGUUUUCCCACAAUUGGCAACUAAAGAAUUCUAUUCUGUGUACCAAGGAGUACCAAAUUUGUAUAUUUCUUGGAAGCAUAAUUUAAAGAAAUGCGUCGACUCUUCCCCUUUAGGGGUUAUCUUGACAAGAAGUAGAGAAGAACUGAUAAUUGUCGCAAGUCACAGUGGGGCAGUUGUUGUCACAGAUGUGGCUACAGGAGCAAUAAUAUCUCAAGUCACCCUACCAGACAGAGUUGAAUCUUCAGCCUGUCUUUCAUCUGAUACAAAUUCUUUCUAUAUUGGGUGUUAUGAUGGCUGUGUUUAUUGUAUUGAUUUGAGGUUAGGAACUGUGAUAUGGAAAUUUCAUACUAGUGAUAUUGUUAAAUCAACUUGCGUCCUCCACCAAGGGAAAUUAUAUUUUGGUUCUUACAACAAACAGAUCUAUUGCAUAAAUGAGGAUGGAAGUUUAUCUUGGGAAACGCACAUUGGAUCGAGUGUGCUGUCUGAGAUAUUGAUUGAUGAGAUUGGGAUAUUUGUCUGUGGAACUGUCGGUGGGGUUUGGUCGUUAGAUUUUGCCGGGAAUAUUAAAUGGUCAGUUGAAACUAAACCAAUUUUCACAAAUCCAAUAAUAUCAAAUGGUGAACUGGUUGUUGCUCCAGUUCUUGGAGGUGUUCAUUUUUUUAAUUUGACCACUGGGGAAAAGAUUCGAGUCAUUGAUAUUAAAGGACAUGUAUUUUCUUCGCCAGUCCUAUCAAAACAUCUGGCAUUAUUGAUAAUAGCUGAUUCUACACUGUUUGUUAUUAAAAAAGAAGAAGUAGAUUCUAUAGAGCUGGAUUCAAGAACAGUAUCAUCUCCGUGUUUUCUCGACGAUGGACAAAACAUGGUCAUUGUGCCUUCAACAAAUGGAAAAAUCAAUCUAGUCUCGUUGAAAGACAAAUGUUCAAAAGUUAUUUAUGAUUUGAAUAACGAUGUUUUUUCCACUCCUGUGAUAUUUCCUAGUAGACAUAUUAUUUUGGGUUCUCGAGAUAAUCAUGUAUAUAGUUUUAAACUUGCCAAAUAAACUUAACUGUGAUAUAA